UCUGUGUGGAAGGAUUAUGGCCAAAAGUGUAUGUCGCAGCGGCGAAGCGACCGGUGCCGAGACUGCGUCCUCGGUAGCCGGUGGGUUUGCUGACAAAACAUGACGCGUUCCGUCCUUUCACGUACAUCACACUUGUCAUGCACAGCCCGAGCUUGGAGACAAAUCGACAUUUCUCGCAAACUCCAGCGGUCGUCUCUCCCAUGAAAGGUGGAGCAUAAUACGUGGGGACGGCCAGAGUAUUACUUGCUUUGUCGAGCCUUGUCGCUGAUGUGGAAACUUGACAGCGUCGUGUGAAAUCCUUUGAAUGUAGGAUGCGGUCACUCCAUUCUGAUUGGCUUAUGGCAUGAGCGAAGGUGGAACAGGGUGGACGUUGGCCACUGGGUCGGAUAGUCUCAAGGUGUCUUCCGCUAGUGAUAACAACGACAACGGUCAAGGCUCUGAAGAUCCAUCAAAGACCUCACUGAGCAAACGGGAAGGCAAGAAACCAAAGCGUGACGAUGAGACGCCGACAUUUCGGGCCCUGAAACACUUCAAGGAACUAUGCGCUGGGAUUGAAAGCGAGUACAAUGCAAGCUUGGCUAAUGCAGAGGGGCCCAUAGAUCUCUCUCAUUUGAAUAUCUUGACGACGGAGGCUUUCAGAUUCGCAGAGACGAAACUCAGCGAAUUUGACCUCACAACGAUGACCAUGCUCAAAACGUUUCCCCACAUCGCAGACAGUGUCUUGGAAAGAGCAUUGGAUAUUCAAGGCAUCACGUCCCAGAUGGACAUGGAAACCCGCAAGCUCUUGCUAUACAAUGCCCUCCGCGAAGUUGCAUACGCUGCAGAUCAACAGGGAUCCCAGCGUGAAGCGCAAUGGCACCGACUGUCAGAGUUGGGCAUGGACGACUUUACCUUGGAGGGGCUGAUGAUGGACUACGAUCAGACUCAAGGCAUAGAAGCUUCCGAGGCUGUCGAAGAGAUCGUCAACGAGGCGGAAUCUUACAGGUCCCUCAUCCCCGAUAUCUUUGGAGAUCAUGAGAUGACCCGGGAGCUGUGUGUAGAGAUCUUUUCGAUCACCGAGACUCCGGAUGACCUGGGUCCAUGGCUCACCAAAAGCCUCGACGAUGAAGAACAGAAAACAUUGCUGGAGCUGGGACGGAUGUCAAAUGUAGUUGCGAAACUGCCCGAAGAGCUCCAGCGAUCCCAGACGUACUUUUCUGAGGGCAGACAGCAGGAGUACAGGAGACUCAGCCUGCGGGCGCGACUUUCAGGCCAAGGUAGCUAGAAGCACGUCGGUGCUAGAGUGCACUGGUCGGACCCUGUCGCAUGCAUGCCUUUGACGGUAGUUUGGGCCUCAGUACUGGAGAGCGUUCAAGAUCUCAUCUGCUGAGAGAAUGUCCUGCCCCUGACACCUUUGUGGACGAAGGCGCUAUGUCCUGGACUGCAGCCGAUAUUCAUUAGGUCCCUUGAC